GCCUGCUCUGGACGGAGGCUGCCCGGCGUCGCUGGCCGCCCGUCAAUGAUUUUCUGCCGUUUCUUGGCAAAAAUGGCAACCAAUGAUGCUGUUCUGAAGAGAUUGGAACAGAAGGGUGCAGAGGCAGAUCACAUUAUUGAAUAUCUUAAGCAGCAAGUUGCUCUUCUUAAGGAGAAAGCAAUUUUGCAGGCAACUUUGAGAGAAGAGAAGAAACUUCGAGUGGAAAAUGCUAAACUGAAGAAAGAAAUUGAAGAAUUGAAACAAGAGCUAAUUCAGGCAGAAAUUCGAAAUGGAGUGAAACAAAUACCAUUCCCAUCUGGUCCUUCAUUACAAGCUGGUUCUCCAGUUUCUGAAAAUGGGAUACAGUCUGUGCCAAUAACAGCCAUGUCUUCUGGUACCAAAGAGCAGAUAAAAGGAGUAGGAGGAGAAGAAAAGAAGGUGAAAGAGAAAAUGGAAAAGAAAGGAGAGAAAAAGGAGAAAAAACAACAAUCAAUAGCAGGAAGUGCUGAUUCUAAGCCAGUAGAUGUUUCCCGUCUGGAUCUUCGAAUUGGUUGUAUCAUCACUGCCAAAAAACACCCUGAUGCAGAUUCUUUGUAUGUAGAAGAAGUAGAUGUUGGAGAAAUAGCCCCAAGAACAGUUGUCAGUGGCCUGGUGAAUCACGUUCCUCUUGAACAGAUGCAAAAUCGGAUGGUGAUUUUACUUUGUAACCUGAAACCUGCAAGGAUGAGGGGAGUCCUGUCUCAAGCGAUGGUGAUGUGUGCUAGUUCACCAGAGAAAGUUGAAAUCUUGGCACCUCCUAGUGGGUCUGUUCCUGGAGACAGAGUUACUUUUGAUGCUUACCCUGGAGAGCCUGACAAGGAGCUGAAUCCUAAGAAGAAGAUUUGGGAGCAGAUCCAGCCUGAUCUUUACACUAAUGAUGAGUGCGUGGCUACAUACAAAGGAGUUCCCUUUGAGGUGAAAGGGAAGGGAGUGUGUAGGGCUCAAACUAUGAGCAACAGUGGAAUAAAAUAAAAUGCCUCAGUUACUGAAGUACAUUGGAGAAAACUUUAAUAACAAUAAAAAGAAAUAUAUUUGUCACUUGUACCUAAAAUAUAACUGGCUCAUUUUUGUGUUAUUUCUCUUCUAGGCUUGACUAGCCUUUUACCUGGUAUAUAUUGUUUUCAAUUGAUUGGAGAAACACUACAUUUUUACCUAUGGUUUUUGAUACUUCAUAAUGUGGGGAGGAAAUUGCUUAUGUUUUGUGAUGAUUUACGUUUUAGCAGGGAUGUUGGUUAGCAUUGUUUCAUAGAUUAUUUCUUCUUUAUACAUUUAGAUUACUUGAACUAGACUAACAUUUAGUUUCUUGUUUGUAGGCACAUGAUGCAUGAAAUUUCAAGCCCUUGGAUUUUUAGUGCAUUGUAUAUCUGUAUUAUAAAUGUCCUCUCCUUUUCAAAAGUGGCAAGUUGUAAUUUUUAUCAGGCUUAUUAACUAGUCAUAGUGUAAUAAUGUUGAAAAUGACCAACUUGAUUCUAGAGAGCCAGAACCUCAUAAAGCCAGGAGACGUGGCGUUUGAACAUUACUGCUGUUGCUUGCCAAGGUAACCCAGACUUGUAUACUUAAGUUGACUUUUGUAAAAGACUGAAAUUUCCAACUGUGUAUUGAACUUUUUCUUUCCAUUUAGCAAGAUAAUUCAUAAUAAAUUUUGGCCAACUCUAAAGAGGAAACACAAUUCAAAGUAUUGCCAAUGUAGUUUCCAAUAUAUUGGCCAUAAAAGUAGCAGUCUGUUUUUUUUCUAGCUGAUUUAUAGAGAUUCUUUGGGUACUUAAUUAAAGAUUAUUUAUAGGUUAUUAUCUUUAGAAGAGCAUUUAAGAUCGCUAUAUUUUACUUUUUCAUUUACUACCAUACUGUCAAUAUAUUAAAAGAAAUUGUAGCCCAAAACUUAACAUACAUAUGCCUUAAGGUGUCAAAUGCCUAUUUUCACUCAUCUUACAGAUAUUAUAGGAACAAUGAAAAUUAACUUAGGAAUUAUGAGCUUCAAGUUCACCAGCCUUGAGCCCUUGACUGAUGAUUUGGGCAACCAAAAAAGAAAAGCAUCAAUGGAGGUAGGAGUAUAGAUAUUGUUUAAAAG